CUUUGUUUAUUUACAGAAUCAAAGGGCAUUGGACUUAAGGUUAUUGUAAACUAGAUUUAAAAGAGAGUUAUUUAAAAGUGCAUUAAACAUGGGCUUUUUCAUCCUGGAGUUAAGAAAAGAAAAAUCACGGGAUGCUGCCAGAUCAAGGCGAGGAAAAGAAAAUUAUGAAUUUUAUGAACUUGCAAAGUUAUUGCCAUUGCCUGCUGCAAUCACAAGUCAACUUGACAAAGCUUCCAUCAUCCGUCUUUCUAUAAGUUACCUCAAAUUACGUGAAUUUUCUAAUCAUGGGGAUCCACCUUGGAACAGAGAUGCUUUACCAAAUAAUAAAAAUUUAAAAGGGCAUGGCAGACGACGUAACUUGACCAGUGUAGAUUUGAUAGAAAGUCAUCAGGGGACACAUAUAUUACAGUCUCUUGAUGGUUUUGCCUUUGCUCUUGGAAGUGAUGGAAGAUUUUUGUACAUAUCAGAAACUGUCUCAAUAUACCUUGGGCUUUCACAAGUUGAGAUGACUGGUAGCAGUAUCUUUGACUAUGUUCAUCAUGCAGACCACAAUGAACUGGCUGAAUAUCUUGGAUUAGGCUUUCAAAAUGUAGUCAGCAGUGCUCCAUCACCAGGUUCUACAUCAGACGAGGGAUCAGCACCUUCUACACCUCGUCCAAUGUCUCCUUCCAAUCCUGAUAGAGUUGCUUAUAUGAUACCAAAUCCUGACAGACCACUGGAAAGAACAUUUUGUUUGAGAAUGAAAUCUACGCUGACAAAGAGAGGUGUUCAUGUCAGAACUUCUGGAUAUAGGGUGGUAUAUGUAACUGCCCAUUUUCGUCCCCAGAUGUGUUUUAACCUAAACAGAAAAUCUACAACCCAGUACUUAGGAUUGGUUGGCAUUGCUAUAGCUCUACCACCUCCCACCAUCACAGAACUCAGGAUAGAAAGUGACACAUUUAUAAUGAGACUGUCUCCAAACUUAAAAAUCAUAUACUGUGAUACAAUGAUAACAGAGUUAACAGAUUGGAAUAGUGAUGAUGCCAACAACAGAAUGUUCUAUGAUUUCUGCCACGCUGGGGAUGUGAUCAGAAUACUCAAACAUCAUGAAGAUUUAAUGCGUAAAGGACAAAUUCUAACAGAUUACUUCAGAUUUAUGAACAAGAAUGGUGGAUAUGUAUGGGUACAGAUGUGUGCCACCACAUUGUUUAGCUCUAAAACAUCUGAUGAUCAUACCAUUCUCGCCAUUAUAUAUGUAUUAAGUGGAAUACUACAUCGAGGCUGUGUAAUGGAUCAGAAUCAAACAUCAGGACCAAUAAGACAUUUAGACACAGAACAGUCGGAACAUCAAAGUGAACAUGGAUCUGACAUAGGUGAAGCCAAGUCUGACACAUUUACUUGCCAUAAGUCUCCAUCACAUGACCCCUGGGAUACAAGUGUGACCUCUUCUACAUCCCAGCCAGUAGAAAAUUUACAGAACUCACCUGAUGAACUUGACAACUUUGACCUUGACAAAGGUCAAACUGAGCAUUGUUUAACACCUGAUGAUUUGAUUGACUGUCAAGAGGAAGCUGCUAGAAAUAAUUCAGACAAUUUACAUGACAAAAUAAGUGUAAACAAAACAGAUUUCAAAUAUUCUAGGCGAAAAACUGAAAAGCCGAGAAAAAGAAAACGAGAUUACAGUGUUGAUCAGGAUGAUGUUGAUGGACAUUGUGCUAUAUUAAUAAAUAGUAACUUAAGUCAGGAAGAUAAAAGUGAACGAUGUAGCUCCACGUCAAAUGUAAGUAAUCACAACGAAGACUAUGAAAUGUCUGAAAAUAGUGACAAUACAUUGUAUUCUGUGACAGAAGAUUUAUCAAGACGAUCUUCAAAUACUCAUAUUCGGGAAGAAAACCAUUCUGACUUAGGCUGGCAAAAUUUGGAUGACAUAAACCACAAUUCAGUAGCUAGUUCUGUAAAGGAUUUGGAGGAUGUAAUGAAUCGUCAUUUACCCGUUAGUGGUAUUGAUAGUGGGAUGAAGUCUCCUACGGAUCUCUCAGUGCAGUCAAUAGGUGGUGCUAUCAAUAGACAAAGGUCUGCCAUUCAAUGGGCAGGAAAUAGUCACGACAGUAGUACACUUCCAGCAUCAAACUUAUUACGAACUUUAUAUGCCAACCGGGAAUCUGUUAUCCGUAGUAACACCCGUCCAUCAUAUGUGAAUAACGAUCCAGUGAACUUAUUAACCCCACCAGAAAAUGAGGGUCACAAAGACCAUUUGACCUUACAUAUCCCACACAUAGUCAUUAGUAAAAGCUCAGCUUUGCCAUCAUAUUCUGGCUCUUCUGUCUCAUGUAGUCUGCAAGAUACAUUUGACAUUACACCGCCAGCAUCUGUGUCACCCAAUGAUAAAAUUCCCUCACAUUUAUAUGACGGACACUAUGAACAUAAUGUUGCCAGUUCUAGUUUGGCAGCACCCAUUCCGGUGAAAUCACAAGCAUUUUCACUGUCAUUUGUUUCUCCUAGUCCAGACUAUAAUAAUGGAACAAAAAUACAUCCUGCAUCAUAUCAAGUUGGUGAACAUCCACAAUUCAUUUAUGGAGGAAAUAAUUCCUCUGGGGUUAUCUAUGACUCUUGGUAUUGAAAGUCACUAAAAUUCUAUAAUUUUAUUUCUUCUUUAUUUAAAUUUGCCUUUGUUUUCAGUAUUCUUUUUAUAAAAUUGAAAGGGUUAGUUAGAGUAAGAAAAAAUCAGAAGACUAAAAUUUUGAGAAGAUUUUUUAUUUCUAAGCAGUAUUUAAAUGUUUUGUAAUAUAUUUGUGUUUAUAACUUAGUAAAACUGAGUUAUUAAUUUUGUAUGUAAUACUUGUAUUAAAUUGUAUGCAUAUUGAGAGGGUUUGCUGAAAGCCAACUUACAAAUAAGAAUCUCAAAAUGUCAAUAGUCUGAAUAUGCAUCGAAACUUGUAUUCAUUGAUGUACUUUUAGAAAUGGUACCUGAAAUAAAAAAGGAAAUUUGAACUAUUUGAUGUUGCCUACAAAAAGUGGGGCACUCAUAUUCGUCAUGGACACAAUUUCGCCAUUUUAUGAAUUUGAGAUGUAAUAAGAAUGGUUGAAAUGGAAGAAAUAUGCCAGUAAAUUAUAUUUUUAUAACAAAUAUGAUUAUUUCGGAAAAUAAAUGUCCUAAAUUUCAUUUUUUUACACCUUUCAAAUGUCCUCUAUUCGUCUAUAAUGAAAUUUAUUUGAUAAAUAUUGUUUAAAGCUGCAGUUAUUUGGUUUUAAAUAGAAGUGUAAAAAUGGCGAAUAUGUGUCCCCAAUUGACAAAAAAUCAGGAAAAUUCAAACACCCUUUAAGCCAACUUUUCAGAUGAAUUUUCUUAAAACAAACAUGUUUUCAAGCUAAGAAUAUUUUGCAUUUGAAGUUAUCUUCAUAUAGAAAUAUCACUUUACUUCAAAAACACAAAAAUCUGAACAUAAACUGAAGAAAACAUGGAAAGAUAUGGCAAAAAUGAGCACCCCACUCUAUCCACUUAAAAUCAAGAAAGCGCUGUUCAGGAAAAUAAUUAUGACAGAACUCAUUACCAAUUUAAAAUACAAAAAUCCUGCUCAAACUACGUUUUACUGGUCUAAAACUUGUAACUUAUGUUGUUGCCCUCACCCCAAAUAAUUUAAUCCCUACAAGCCAUGGGUAGGCAACAUCUAUUUUUUUUUUUUUUCAUUAAGGCUGGAUAAAUGCUUUAAAAGUCUACUUUUACUUUGCUAUAGGUACAUCAGAUCAUUGAAUUUAGUUAAUUCAGGUAUGCAGACUGUUUCAGGUAGAACCUGUUUUUCCCCCUAAAAAAAUAAAAUUUUGCUUUGGGGUAGAAUUGGAAUUAACUUGUCAGAGGCUACAAACUGCAAUUAAUUGAGAACCAUUUAACUAAUUUCUUUUCAAAUUUUAAUAUGUUGAUUCUGAUGACAAAAUGGAGGUAAAAUUCUCUGUUGCUGUUCAUUAGUUAUGGUUCUUGAUUGAUAAACAAAUUGUACUUUCUGUGCUUUCCUUGCAAUAACAUAAGAAUUGUAAAGUUUAAACUAACGCUAUUAGAUUUUAAAACAUUGUUCAGAGGACAAGGGAGAUAAGUUUGAUUCUGACAUUUUUUCACUUAUGGUUUUGUCUGCUGCAGACCUGCUGCAAACAUUUCAGUUCCGUAAGAGAAGUUUUUUUAAUUUCUGCAUGAGCUUCACACUUGGAUUAUAUCAUCAGUGUUUUUGUUAUUCCUGUAUAAAUUUUUCCAAUUUCUUUUUCUUUUCCUGUCAGAUACCAUGCUGAGUUUUGAGUUUCAAAAUAUGUCCUCUGUUACAGAUAAUCAGCCAAAUUGACUGUUGUUGCAAAAACACAGAGUAUUUAGUCUAGGAUAUAAAAAAAAAAAAGGCUGAAUUUGUUUUAUGCAGCUGUUUUCUAAGUUGAUCGAGAAAUAGUUCACAAUAUAUAUUUAAGCUACAUAUUACAUGAAUGUACAGUAUGACUUUUGUAACAGUGAAUCUAGUUUUAUCUAUUAUUAUGACUGACUGAGCUUAUUUUUUUACAAACAGAAAUGUGAGACAAGAAAUUGUAAAUCACCUUAAGGUUUAAACCAGUGUUAUCCCAUUUCUCUAAGGGAAUUUCAUGAAAAUGGCAUUUUUUCUGCUCUGUUUUUAGUCUUCCUUGACAUAUAGUUGUAGGAUAAUUUUUUUAUAUGAAUAGUUACAUAUCAUAUUUUGAGCUUGAUUUUCUUUUAUCUUCUGUUGAUCUAAUUAUUUUACUAUUGAUUGCUCAGUUUUUAUACAUAUAAGUGCUGAUAUUUGAUUGAAUAAUUGCAGAUAACAUGAUAACAUAUACAUUUUUAUCACUUUGACCAACCUUUAUUUACACCUGGACUUCAAUAUUAAUAUAAUGGGUAUAUGUCAAUAAGAUCGCAACCCAACAACUUAUUUUUAAGAUGUCAUCAUAUAUGGUCUUCAUCAAUAAACGAGUGACAAUACAUUAUGCCCAGAGUCUCCCUAAAACUAUGUUGUAUGGUUUUUGCUCAAUGUUGAAGGCUGUAAGGUGACCUAGAGUUGUUAACUUCUAUGUUGUUUCCUCUCUGGUGGAGAGUUGUCUCAUUGACAAUUGUGCCAUAUCUUCUUUUUGUUACAAUGUAUAUGGAUCUGAUUCUUUAGAGUGUUUCUUUUAAAGCUUGUCUAAAAUAGUGACAUUGUGGUAUCCAGCCUGAUUUAAGUUUGUAGUUCUCUGUGAUGUUUUACUUACUGUUUGUACAAUAGGUACAAUACAUAAAAUGUGUGCCAUAUUUAUUUUUGUCUUACAUUUUACCCUCAAAACUAUAAAUUUCCUACUGUGGAAAGUUUUUGGAAGAACACUCAAUGUAUCAAUCAUAAGAUUUAAAAAUAAUUGAUAUAAACACCAAAACUGAUCAACCAUUCAAGAAAUAAUAACAUUUAUCUAUGUGUUGCCAUAUUUAAACACAUUAUUGUUACUGAUACCUAGAAGUUUUAAUUUGAUAGAAGUCUGCUCAUAGCAGCUCAGUUCAUGUUAUUUUUACCAAGAGAAUUAAGGUAGAAACUAAUAUUGUUGAGCAAUAAAAACCAAAGUAAAUGACAUGUUUAUUUUAACAGUAUUGUUGUUGUUUUUUACCAAUAUAAUUGGUAUUGUAUGAUUGUUAUCAUGUACCUCAUUACGAGUCUAAAAUGUAUGUUAUAGAUUUGUUAGCUGAAUGUCAUUACAGUUUUAAUGAAUGUUGCUUUAUUGUCAUCAACAUUAAAAAAAAACAUUUCA